AUGAACGAAAAUGAAAAUGUAGAUUUGGUAGAAGAACUUAACAGUUUAGACGAAGUUAAUAACUUAGAAAAUCAUGAAAAUACAAAUAGUGAUUUAUUAAUAGAAGAACUUGAUAGUGUAGACACCACUAAAAAUAUAUGUGAUCCAAGUCAGUGGACAAAUAUUAGUACUAAUUUGAGAGAUUUCUUAGUAGAAAAAGGUCCGCUUAAAGUUAUCGAUAUAGAUUUUCCUAAGGAUGAAUCUUCAAGACAUUUUUCUUCCUCAUUUUAUAUUAAAAAAUUAUCAAACGGAGAAAAACGUGAAAGAAGAUGGCUAAUAUAUUCUCAAGAUUUGGAUAAAGUAUUUUGUUUUUGUUGUAAAUUGUUUAAUACUCUUUCUAGUACAAGCAAAUUAGCAAGUUGUGGUAUUAAAGAUUGGAAAAAUUUGAGUUCUAAGUUGAGGAGUCAUGAGAUGAGUAAUGAACACAUCGUUAAUAUGAGUUCAUGGGUUGAUCUAGAAACAAGAUUGCUAAAAAAUAAAACAAUUGACAUACAUGUUCAAGAACAAAUAAAUAGAGAUAGAGAACAUUGGAGAAAUGUUUUAUUUAGAAUAAUUGCAGUUGUUAAAACUCUUGGAAGAAACAACUUAGCCUUUCGUGGAACAAAUGAAAAGAUUUAUCAAGAACAUAAUGGAAAUUUCUUAAGUCUUAUUGAAAUGAUUGCUGAAUUUGAUCCUAUAAUGCAAGAACACAUUCGUCGAAUUAAAGAUAAAGAAAUUCAUAAUCAUUACCUUGGGCAUAGGAUACAAAAUGAAUUAAUAAAUUUGAUAGCAAAUGAAAUUAAAACAAAAAUUAUUCAAAAAAUUAAAAAUGCAAAGUAUUUUUCAAUUAUACUUGACUGCACCCCUGAUAUAAGUCAUCAAGAGCAAAUGACUUUUGUCUUACGAUGUGUUGAUAUUUCUUCUACUCCAAUACAAAUCUUUGAAUAUUUUGUAGAAUUUUUAAUAGUAAAUGAUACAACUGGAAAAGGUCUUUUUGAUGCAAUUAUAAAUGAGAUAAAUAUUAUUGGACUUGAUAUUAGUAACCUAAGAGGACAAGGUUAUGAUAAUGGGUCUAAUAUGAAAGGAAAACAUCAAGGAGUGCAAAAAAGAUUUUUAGACAUUAAUCCUAGAUCAUUUUAUACUCCAUGUGGUUGUCAUAGUUUAAAUUUAUUACUUUGUGACAUGGCUAAUUGUUGUCCUAAAGCUACAUCUUUUUUUGGAGUGUUGCAACGUAUAUAUACACUAUUUUCUUCGUCUACUAAAAGAUGGAAAAUUUUACAAGAUCAUAUCCCUAGCCUAACACUUAAAUCAUUGUCACAAAUACAUUGGGAAAGUCGUAUUGAAAGUGUGAAAGCUUUGAGAUUUCAAACUUUACAAAUAAGAGAUGCUUUGUUAAAAUUAUGUGAAAUUAUCGAUGAACCUAAAAUAAAAAGUGAAGCAGAAUGUUUAGCAACUUAUGAGCUUGAAAAUUUUGAAUUUUUAUUAGGCAUGGUUAUUUGGUAUGAUAUAUUAUUUGCAGUAAAUUCUAUUAGUAAAAAUAUGCAAUCAAAAGAUAUGCGUAUUGAUGUUGCUAUAGAACAAUUAAAAGGGCUUAUUUUAUUUUUGGAAAAAUAUAGGGAAAAUGGGUUUGAAAAUGCUAUGAUUUCUGCAAAAGAAAUUGCUUUUGAAAUGGAUAUAGAACCAAAAUUCCAUGAAAAACGUAUUAUUCGUAGAAAGAAACAAUUUGAUGAAAUUAUUGACAAUGAAGUUGUAAAAUCUCCUGAAGAAUCAUUUAAAAGUGACUACUUCUUAUAUAUAAUAGAUCAAGCAAUCACUUCAUUUCAAAGUAGAUUCGAACAAUUUAAAAUAUAUAGUGAUAUUUUUGGUUUUCUAUUUGGCAUUGAGAUGUUAAAAUCCAUUGAAGUUGAAAAUUUAAAAGAGAAUUGUUUCAACUUUGAACGAUCAUUAAAACAUAAUGACAAAACUGAUAUUGAUGGAUUAGAUUUAUUUAUGGAACUACAAAUUUUAAAAGAUAUAAUAAAAGUAGAAAAUGAUACACCAAUUGAUAUACUUAAUUAUAUAAAGAGACUUGAUUCUUUUCCAAAUGCAUAUAUUGCUUACAGAAUAAUGUUAACAAUUCCUAUAACUGUUGCAUCUGCCGAGAGAAGUUUUUCAAAAUUAAAGUUAAUAAAAUCUUAUUUAAGAUCAACCAUGUCUCAACAAAGAUUAAGUGGAUUGGCUUUAUUAUCAAUUGAAAAAGAAAUAUUAAAUGAAAUCGAUUACAAUAAUUUAAUAAAUGAUUUUGCAUCUCAAAAAGCUCGUAAAAUAAAAUUUUAA